AUGAAGUGUUUGGUGGUGCAAUCAUUUGUUUUCCUGGUCAUACUGGCCACCCUUGUGGAUUACUCAUGGGGUCAUGGUAUGAUGCUGAAUCCACCUGGCAGAUCAUCACGCUGGCGUUUUGAUUCAACAGCUCCGAUUAAUUACAAUGAUAAUGCCAAUUAUUGUGGUGGAUUUGGGGUUCAUUAUUAUACAAAUGGCGGCAAAUGUGGCUUGUGUGGUGAUAACUAUGCGGAUCCUGUGCCGCGAGACAAUGAACUGGGCGGCAAAUAUGGUGGUAGUGGUGUCAUUGUCAAAUCAUUUGUGGAUACCUACACCGCUGUCAUUGGUUUCAAAAUCACGGCCAAUCAUAUGGGUCAUAUUACCUAUCAUCUGUGCAAUUUGGAUGAAUUCGGCAAGGAAUCGGAAGAAUGUUUUGCCAAAUAUCCGUUGAAAUUUGCUGAUGGCAGUGAUAAAUUUUAUAUUGGCCAAACACUGGGUGAUAUUGAAACGACUGUGGUAUUGCCACCGGGCCUUAGUUGCAAACAUUGUGUUCUGAGGUGGACCUACACGGCCGGUAAUAAUUGGGGUACUUGUGAAGAUGGAACGGGUGCCAUUGGCUGUGGCAACCAAGAGACAUUCAAAUCAUGUGCCGAUGUUAGUAUUGUGGCUGCGGGUGCAAAAGAGGCAAUUGCUGAGUUUGAUAUUUUAUAUGAUGUCGUUCCAGAUGUAUAA